AUGGGCCUGACACAGACGGAACGCGAUGAUGCUACCAUAUCACAAACAGCGGCGGUGGGAGGUUUCAAGCCGGCGCAAGCGCAGGCCUCGCGGCGUGCGCAGCCUCAGGAAAAGAUCAGAUCUGGCUCAACGAAACCUCGGCGCCCAGAUCGUGCUGUGUACGUGCCCCGCGCCCUGCGAAACGCAGAGAGUGCACAAACUGAGGACAACAAUAAGGAUACCAACAACCAUCGCAGAACUAGUCACAGUGCGGAAGGUGUCAAGUGUCCUAAGUCACCCGCGCCCAAAGAGAAAUCACACCACGGCACCCCCAGGAAAUCUAUAGACAAAGCGUACUGCAAUGUGUACACGCCACCGCAUCUCAGGAAUCAAAGAUCUCACACGGCCCCAAGCAUAGAGGAACCCACAUCGAGCGAUACAAAAGAAUCUGUGCCUUCAGGCUUCCAAGUGCCAAAUAGUGAUAGUGCAAUAUCUUUUAGUGAUAAUAGUUUUAUUAACGACAUAGAAGUAGGCGAUAAUUUUUAUAUAGGAGAUUAUUUCGCUAACGGACAGUUAGGAUUCUACAGUCCGAACUUCUACAGCGAGUACGCGGAAAACAGUCGCGAGAACGCGACCGACAAUAGCGACUGGAGAUCCAAUGAUUCCGACGAAAAUAUGGCGGUGAACGAAUCGAAUCAAAGCAAUAAUAUUAUCGAUAACGAUUAUUUGUACGCUAAAGGUGAAGAUAUUGAAAAGAAUGAGCUGAAACGAGCCUCGCAAGAAAUUAAUAGAAGUAGCAAGAGAAUUAUAAAACAGAGCUUCCAUUCUGACGUGUUAGUUAUAUCGGAUACUGUUGAUAGUGUCACAGAGAAGAAUGAGCCUGAACCAGUGGUAGCGGUAGAAGAGAAAGAAACUGAGGUGGUUAAGAAACCGAAGCCUAAGCUAGAGGCGAAGGUGUCUUUGAAGCGAGAAGAGAACGAUUGGGACGCAGUUUUCGAUGACAGUGGAGAGUGCCUUGAUCCUUCACUUCUUGAGGAGUUGACGACUACAGUUGGCAAGGUCCACAUAAGCAAGCCAAAGAACUGUUACGACCAGUACCAGACGAGAGGUCAGCAGCUCUUCAACGGUCCUUAUGACGAAACGUUCGGUCAUGUAGUGGAAGUGUAUGACUUUCCCAGUGAGUUUAAAACGAACGAUCUGUUCUCUUUGUUCAGUGAAUACAAAGACACUGGUUUCGAAAUUAAGUGGGUGGAUGAUACGCAUGCGUUGAUCGUGUUUAGCAGCGCGAAAAUUGCUGGAGAGGUACUAUCGACGCAGCGUCCACUAGUAAAGUGUCGACCGCUUCACGCCGCCACUCUCGAGUCUAGGAACAAAGCGAAGAAAUGUGCUGAAUUCUUGCAGCCUUAUAGACAACGGCCAGAAACGUGCACAGCAUUGGCAAGGCGGCUGGUCUCUGGUGCUCUGGGCGUCAAGCUGAGCACGGCGCGACAGGAGCGAGCUGAAGAGAGGAGACUUAUCACUCUUGCCAGAGAAAAGAAACGCCAAGCGGCUCUACACAAAGAGGCGGCGUGGGACGGAUCACUCGCCAACCAGUCCGUCGACACGUGA